AAUAAUGAUAAUAAUCUCACAAUCAUGAGACAAACAGAAACGAUGUUUGAACUUUCGAAUUAAUUAUACUCAUUUCAUAGAGGCUUUUUUUCAUUCAGUUAUCUUUAGUUUUUUUUUUGCUUGAUUUUGUAUUGACACGAUGCCGGUGUCUGAAUAUUCCAAGGACUCUGACCGAACCACAGAUGUACAGACACACGAUCAGGCGCCAUUCGACGCCAUCAUAACGGGACAUCCGCUUAUAUUGAAAGGUUUAUCUGAUUGUGGAUUUAUAAAUGCUUCUCCAAUACAAGUUGCCGCUCUACCGACAAUCAUCGCAGGACAUGACACAAUUGUUGAGGCAAAAAAUGGAACAGGAAAGACAUUAACUUUUGUUAUACCGACUUUGAUUAGAUUGAAAUUAGAACAGGUUCAUUUACAAACUAUUAUUUUGGCACCAACACGAGAAAUCGCUGUCCAAAUACAACAGUGUUUCAAAAAAGUCGGACAGCACUUGCCAGAACUGAAAUGUGAAUAUUUCAUUGGUGGUACUCCAGUUGAUGUUGACAAACAGAAGGCAAAAUGCUGUCAAAUAGCUGUCGGUUCCCCCGGUCGCAUCAAACAUCUCAUCAAUGAGCAUGUGUUAAAAUGUUCAGAAGUAAAAAGCUUUAUUCUUGAUGAAGUUGAUAGACUAUUUAUGGACAAAAGUUUUACAAAAGAAGUCCGACUAAUUGAUGCUAAGCUUCCAAAAUUAAAGCAAACAAUUGUUGUAAGUGCAUCAAUUGAUAAAAACGAUAUGUCUGUCUUUGAUGAGUUCAUGAAAGAGUAUGUUAUGGUUAAGGGAGCAGAAGAAGAUAUGAAUGCAUUGCAAGACCCAUCAAAGUUCCUAUUAGGUAUUAAGCAAUAUGUAGCAUGUGUUAAAGCAGUCAGUACUAAUAUAAUAUUAUUACCUGCAAAAAAUGUGCGAUUACUCAAUAUACUACAAAAUUUGCCGUAUACUCAAUGUAUCAUAUUUACUAACUACAUGACAAGAGUUGAAGCUGUUUGUAAUAUGCUACGUGACCAUAAAUACAAAGCUGAUUACAUUAGAGGUGAUCAAGAUCAAAGUAUUCGAUUGGAGUUAGUAGAUCGAUUAACAUCUUUUAAAUCAAAAAUACUUGUUGCCACGGAUUUGAUUGCUAGAGGAAUAGAUUCGUCAAAUGUAGACCUGGUGAUUAAUAUGGAUUGUCCUAAUGACUGGGCUACGUAUCUACACAGAAUUGGUCGAGCUGGAAGAUUUGGAAACAAAGGAAAUGCUUUUACAAUAUUGGAUGAUGACAAAGAGUUGAAAACUUUUAAAAAUAUUAUUAACAGUAUUGAAAAUGUUAAGGUCAAAAUGUUACCAAUCGCGAUUACAAAACCUAUACUUGAAUAUGCAGACAACGAGCUUGAAGACCUCAAUUUAACAACCGAACCUAAAAUUUUACCAUUCCAAGAGAUUGAUAAUAACACAACAAAAGAAAAUGGAAAUGAUGUGAUUGGAGAAAACUUAAAAAAAGAUAGUGAAAGUGAUUCUAACUUUAGUCCUAACAACAUUGAAUCAAAUACCAACAUUAUGUCUGAAGAAUGUGAACCAUGUUGUGAAAUAAAAUCUGUUUAUGCAUAUGGUGAAUCUGAAAAGGAGUCACUACAAAAGCUAUGUAAAGUUGUUCAAGAAACUGAAAAAAAACUCAUUGAAGAUAAUAUGGUUGACAAAAGACUUUUAACUGAUGACAGAUCUUUUGUGUUAUUUGAUCCAGAACCCUUUCUUGAAAACACUGAUCAAUAUCCAGAAUAUAGUCCCGAUGAUCUAUUAGAAAUCAUAACAAAAUAUGAUUCAGAUUUUGAGAAAUAUGAAGCUGAUAAAAAACGAAUGUUAAAAACAACUGUUAGUGAAAAUAACCUCUCUAAUAUUAAUCAAGUGUGUGAAGAAAAUGAUUUAUCAGAUUUGUCCAAUGCUACUGAUAAUAAAACAAACAAUAUAAAUACAGAUCUGCAAUUACAGAACCAACAUGAAGAUCAAAUUAAUUGUGUAGACAAUAUGCAGAUUGUUAAUGAAGUAUGUCCUGAAAGCAGCUUAUCAAAUGAAUCAAACAACAUUGUUGAUGACACUAAAAUUGAUACAAAUAAUAGUCAAAGACUGCGAUUCACCGAUAUAUAUAGUUUAUUUGAAAUACCAGAUUUUAGCCUUUUAAAGCCAACACAGCAUGAUAGUGAAGUUAUUGCUCACUCAACAAAUGCAGGAGAAACUGAUGUGUCAACAAUGAUGUGCGAAAAAGCUAGUGAAGGUGAAGAAUUGUCAGAAGAUGAAUCUUGUGAUGAAGAACAAUCUUACGAUGGAGAAGAAUCUUACAAUGAAGAAGAGUGCUGUGAUGAAGAAGAGGGAGAAGAAGAAGAAUACUAUGAUGAAGAAGAAUGCUGUGACGAAGAAGAAUACUGUGAUGCAGAAGAAUCCUGUGAAGAAGAAGAAUACCAUGUUAAGCAAGAAAAUUGCAAUGAAGAACAUAGUGAUGGUAAAAAAGAAUAUGAGGAUAGAUUUGAGGAUGAAAAUCAAGAAAAAGAAAAUGAGGAAGAAAUUAAUUUAGAAGUACAAUUUAAGGAAAAAAUGAAAUUAGAUGCAGAAAAUAAAAGAUUUGAUAAAAAUAUUACAAAUACGAAUUGCUCUUAUGAUGAUCAUCUUGACAACCAUGGAAUAUAUUUUGUGAAACACAACAAUAAAUCUAUACAAAAACCACUUUGCAACAAUAUCCAAGAAUAUUAUAUACCUAAAAGAGAAGAAGAAAAUAUUGAUAACAAUGAUCAACAAAUAGUGGAUUAUGAAAUUUUAAAUGACUGGUAUGGCCAGUGGAAACAACAAAUGAAUCGCAUACAAACAUUUGUCAGGAUGAGUAAGUGAUCAUCUAGUGUGAAAAGCUAUAAGUUUAAGAGAACUGAAUGAUUAUUUUGCUUAGAAACUUAAGUCUGUUCUUUAAUAUUUAGUUUUUUAUGUUUUGGUGAACAAUGAUAAUCACCGAUUUUAUAUUUUUCUGUAAUAAUUUAUGAAUUAUGGGUGUAGUU